AUGGUUAUUUACCCCAUGAGCAUCGCCACCGUUGAACUACUGCGCGUCGAAUCUCCGUCCAUUGUACCCUGUCAUCGUGACAAUCCGGAUUUAAACAAUUGCAUAAUUAAGGCAGUUGAAGAUUUAAGACCUCUGCUGGCCACUGGAGAACUUGGUGAAGGAUAUCGGUCACCACCUUUGGAGCCACUAUAUUUGGAUAAUAUUGAAUUGGGACGUGGUCGUCAAUUUGAGGCUGUGUUCAGUGAAAUGGUGGUCAAGGGCGGAAAUUUCACUGGAAAAUAUUUCAUGAAAUUAAAUAUUCUGCUCUUGGACAUACAAGGAAGGGGUAAUAUGCGGGGCUAUUGUGAAAAUGCUAAGGCAUUGGUAAAAAUCCGCGGUGUUCGUGUUCCCAUGCCCGAUGGUUUGGAAUAUGUGCGCUUCACCCGCUUGCCAUUGAAAAUCAAUAUUGAUGUGUUUAAACUACAUUUGGAUAAUUUGUUUAAUGGCGAUCGUAUUUUGGGUGAUGUUGGCAAUACGAUAAUUAACGAUAAUCAAGAUUUAUAUUUGUCCGAGAUAAUACCCGGUCUGGAAAGGGGAUUAUCAAAGAAGUUCUUAGAUAUUGCCAAUAUGAUGAUGGCCAAUACAACGUUUGAUGAAAUGUUCCCAAUGUAG